CCAGACCAACUUGCCCAGAACCCUUCGCUCCCAUCCAUCAACCUCCUUCACCAUCUCCGUGAGGCUCGACCUGUAGUACGCUACACAGUAUAUGCUGGCCUGGGGCUCAUGGCGAUUGUCGAGUCUACCUUUUGGUUCCACGUUCUGCGGGCCAAGUUCUUCCCUCGAACCACCCAAGCAGACCGGCAGCAAGAUGACGAACUAUUGAACAGUUUCAAGAGCGCCAUCACUGGCUUCCGACAGGUGUGGAUGGGCAACUACCAAAGGUAUUAUGGAGCCCAUCUAUGGGGUCUGGGC